UGUUUGCAUCGUUGGUAGCAUGUCUUCCAUACGUUUUUUUCAAUACAAUAUGUGCUUGCUAGCUAAAUGAAUAAUAAUAUUCGGCCAGUCGAUGUUCAUCUUCAACGCAACACCUUGAAACCAGUGGAUCGCUCCGCGCUUCGCGCGUCAGCAGGCGACUGGACAGGUUUUGAUUACCGAUUGCGAAAAGCAAAGAGGCUUGGAAUGGAUUCUGGAUGGAAGGAGGCGAGGGAAUGGGUUUCUUCUGUGGAUGGUGUGUCUUCCUAUACGUCUUCUAUUGAUAACAGGCAUAGGACAUCUGAACAAGCCACCUCAGUCAGAUUCAUCAUCAAGGGAAUUGUGACUCGCAGUGAUUAAAGGUUGUCACCUUCCUAUCUGAGAGCUGCGUAGCUGUUGAGAAGGGCUCUGUGAAACAGGGUACAUUUAAGGGGGAAAGGAACCACUUGGUGCAUCAUGAUGGAGUGCUGAAAACCAGAGUAUUCCCCAACCCGGUCCUCCACACCACCCCCAGAGCGAGAGAAAGGGUUGAAACCAUAGCAACCGUCGUGUCCUACCUUGCCAUGAAUGAGGAGACCAGGACUUGUGACUGACCGAGGAAGCUCUGACAACAACACAACGUCAGACGAAAGAACAAUGAUGCGUAUCCAGGGUCGGACUGACUGGUAGACUGGUAACCAUUGCCAUGGCAUUUUGCAAUGGCAGCCUGCUGGCUAGGUGUUCCCCCCUGGUGGAGCCGGACGAGGAGGAAGGGGUGGUGAUUUCACCACCGCCGUCGCCGCCAGGGGUUGGGGCUACUAGUCCCCUCAUGCCUGUCACCCUGCGUGUGAUGCUGGCCGCCAUCAUGAUCUUCAUGAUCACCAUUGGUUUCCUGGGCAACGCUAUCGUCUGUCUGAUCGUCUACCAGAAGCCUGCCAUGCGUUCCGCCAUCAACCUGCUCCUCGCCACACUGGCGUUCUCUGACAUCAUGCUCUCGCUGCUCUGCAUGCCCUUCACUGCCGUUACCAUGGUUACGGCCGACUGGCACUUCGGGGGAGGGUUCUGCCGUGCUUCCGUUAUGCUCUACUGGCUCUUCGUCCUGGAAGGCGUGUACAUCCUCCUCAUCAUCAGCGUAGACCGCUUCCUAAUCAUCGUUCAGAGGCAGGAUAAGCUGACGCCGCAUCGCGCCAAGCUGCUCAUUGUCGCUUCCUGGGCACUGUCCCUCUGCGUGGCACUCCCGUCUGUGAUCGGCUGGCGGGCGGGCACGGCGGGUGUGAUGGGUAUUGGGGAGGCCUGGGCGCCACAGUGCGUGCUGGGCUACAGUGAGUCGCUGUCCGACCGUAGCUACACGGUGCUGCUGGUUGUGGCUGUGUUCUUUGUGCCGUUCGGCAUCAUGCUGUACUCCUACCUGUGCAUCCUCAACACGGUGCGCCGCAACGCCCUACGCAUCCACAACCACACCUAUGACCAGGCCAGCCUUCCGGCCCUCAACCAGGUCAGCAAGCUGGGCCUUACCGGCCUGCAACGGCCCCCCCAGGUCAAUGUGGACAUGAGCUUCAAGACCCGUGCCUUCACCACCAUCCUCAUGCUCUUCAUCGGCUUCUCUGUGUGCUGGCUACCCCACACCGUUGUCAGUCUGCUGGCCGUGUUCAGCCAAAGGUUCUACUUCAGCCCAGCUUUUUACCCGGUCAGUGUGGGGGCACUUUGGCUCAGCUACCUGAAGACGGUGUUUAACCCCGUCAUCUACUGCUGGAGGAUCAGGAAGUUCCGGGAGGCGUGUCUGGAAUUUAUGCCCAAGAGCUGCAGGCUGUGUCCCAGGUUGCCGGGCCGGAGCCGCAGGAGGGUGAGGCCCAGUAACAUCUACGUGUGCAGCGAGAUCCAGUCGGGUGUGUGAGGAACUAACACUCCCUCUGAGAACACUUUCUGGUAACAGUGUAAAGCAGUGUUCACCAACCUUGGUCUUGAAGAACAAAAGGGUGCUCCACUGGUGUGAAGGACAUGCUAUACCUGCUAUAUGAUUUGUUAAGACAUCAACAUGUCAGCAGCAUAGACAGCUUGCUGCUGAAGCAUUGCUGUCUUCUGAUUUUUUGGGGGCAUCUGAGUAAGAGCAAUCAGGACAGUACAUUCUUGUGUUUUGUCUAAAGUGCUGUGGACACUGGACAGCCGUGAACAGAAGAACCCUCUGUCUUUUUUUGACUGUCUUUUUAUGCCUCCCCCGAAAAAGACAUGAAGAGAGUAAAAAUGAUGCACAACCAGGAACAGAGUUUUCUAUUGAACCAUUUCCCUGGUGUAUAAUUGGCUGAGUACUGUUGGUGAUCGUUUACCCAGAUGGCUCUUUUAUAUGUCUGAUACUGAAAAUAAAUGAAAAGGUUGGAUAAAACUUGCAAUGAAAUGUUGAUCAAUAUAAAAACGGUUGUUUCAGUGAAUUUGAUAAUUGAUUUAAUGAAUUAACUAACAAACCAUUGAACACGUGUGUUGACAUCAACUAUGCAGAUGAAGCAUAUAGACUGAGUAUAGAUGAAAGAUAUCAAAUCAUGGAAACACAGUUAUAACAGUUGUAUGUUGUGUACAUACACUGUAAUAGCAUUGUACCUUCCUAAUACUGGAACAAAAAUAUUGUAUGUUGGGCAUGCUGGUUGACAAAGGUUGAACCUGUUGUCGAACACAGACCGUGUUAAGCAGUCCUCUGCCUCUACAAUGUCAAUGGUUGUGUUGCUGGGAUACUAAAGACCUCUACUAAUUGUAGGUUGCGGAGUGUAUUUAUGUGUGUAAAACCCAUAUCUGACCCAUAUCUUCCACAGCAGAACACACAGUCUGUGCUGUAUUUAAUUCAUCUCCAUCUGUACAGUAGUUAAACUAUU